UUCUUGCGAUACUUAGCAAAGUCGCCAGGUGGCGCUCUAAUCUGCGUUGUUCGCGUGGAGAACGCGUCUGAGUGGAAGAAGCGUUUUUGUUUUAUGCACAUUUGUUCUAAUUCCUCGACGGCCAUGUAACAGCUAUGUGUUCCGAAAGGUGCCAGCUGGCCAUCGGGGCUUGCAGAAUAAUCUGUUUCAACCUGUGCAGAGGGUUGUGUUGUUGCACCCCUCCCGCCCCCCGACCAGAGUACCAUGUGGUGUGCCUAGGGAUGUCUGGUGCAGGGAAGACCACGCUUCUCACCCUGCUACAGAAUGGGGAGACCACAGAUGACAUGGAACCUACCUCAGGUUUCAAUAUCAAAGCAAUUCAGUUUGAAGAAGCCAUUCUCAAUGUAAAGGAAGUUGGAGGUGCAGAGAACAUCAGGCCCUACUGGGACAGGUACUACCAACAUACCCAGGGGGUGGUUUUUGUCAUGGACAGUGCCUGUUCCCAGGAGGCUUUGCAAACUGUGGGCAGCCUCCUUCAUGGUAUUCUAUCCCAUGAGUCCUUGAGAGGACUUCCGUUUGUUCUCCUUGCCAGUCACCAGGACAAGACAGAAACAAGGAGCUCUGAACAGUUGACCAAAGACUUGGAGCUGGAGAAGUUGUGUGCAGGGCGAAAGUGGGCUGUGCACCCAUGCUCUAGAGAGGACCAAGGAGCAGUGCGACAGGCUCUGGAGCAGUUCAUCACAUUCCUCUUCAACACUGGAAAGGAAAGUGAAGAAAAUAGGGUGUAACAUAGCCUGGUAUCCAUCCUAGUCUGGUUCUUCUGAUCAUCGUCAUUCUUAUUCAAAUAUUUGGCCUUUAAGUCAUUAGUUAUUUCAGGUGAUAAUGUUUUGUCCUACAUGUACAUACAGGACUGAACUUUUGUAUGCCUGUUCUCUCCUUGUUCAUGCAUAACAUGCCUUUCAGAGGACAGUGUGACUCAGAGGUACCAUUUAGAUUGUACAUGUAUUUGACAUGAAUGUUUAAUUGCCAAUCAAUCCUCUAUUAAUACACAUGACAUGACUGUUUGGUUGGGAAGCAAUGAAAGGAAGGAAACAUUUAGAGUAGGAUAGAUACCAGGCUAGGUGUUGUAUGCAACACCCAAUCUGAUUCUCAAGCAAUGUGGAAAGUGAAAUUCAUCAGCACAGACUUUAUGGAUAUGUGAUGCUGACACACUGCAGCACAGUGAAGUUGCUGCACUUCUCAGAUGGCUGCUUGUUUGAUGUGUAUUCAAUGUUCUGUUAAUUCUCUUACAACUUCUGAGAGUUUGGUUUUAUUUUGCACAACUGUGUCUUUUGCUGACACAAGAUGUACAGUGUGUUAGCAGGAUGGUUUCAAGUAUGUCCAUCUGAUGUUGCUUAGUACUUUCCAUUCACCCCUUCUUCACCUCCUUAUAUGUAUUUGUGUGUGUGUGUGUGUGUAUGGAAAAGUCUUGUAUUAUUUGUCGUGCUAUGUAGAGACUAUUUGAGCAAUUUCUGUUCAGACUUUUUUUUAGUAAAAUGCAAUGUUUCUGUGGCUUUUCAUGUGUUGUGUAUGGUUGUAAGCAUACUUGUCCACUGAUUAAAACAAUGUCUAUUACAUAAGCCCUCCAAACGUUUAAUCUGUCAUCAACAGACUUGAAUUUGUACUUUGUAGAGUGAUGUAGAGAAUUACAAUGUAUAUUAGAUUGUUACUGUGGCAAUCACCAUAUAGUGCAAAUGACUUUGAAUUCCAUAAAAAAGUAAUGCACUCCUGUGAGAAAGGAGGUGCCGGUAGCAUACAGAUUGGGAGUGUUUUCAGCGGCUGAUUUGCAAGUGUACCGCUUUUCCUGCUCUUUUCUACUGCUUGUCAUAAUUUUAUAACAAUACAAUCAUUGUACAAAACUGCCAUUAUAUAUGGUAUGCAAAC